AGUGGGGGUCUUCCUGUGUCCAUGCUCCUAUUGCAUAGUGUUGCUCUAAGCUCUUCGCGGGUCACGGAGGAGGUGUAAAGACCUGUAUCUCGUAGGAGCUCGCUUCUGGGCACGUCCACCUGGGUAAAAAUAACAGUUACCACCUACAAAAUCUUCCUUACAAACCUAGUACCGUGCUGACCUGUGUUAUCUCAUCCAGUCCUUGAAUGACUCUGUGGGGCAGACCCUGUCAUCCCUGUGCUGUAGACGAGGCAACUGGUCUACCUUGUGGGGUCUAUUUGACCAUAGAGCCUCUGCUGUUAAUAAAACUGCCACCGGUGUUGGCUCUUUCUGGAGGCACGGCCCUCGUGUUACACCCCUUCUGCACUCCGCACACACAAUACGUUGUGCUGUUUGAUCAUCACUGACUUAAUUCAUUAAACGAGGAUCAUCGGCAAAAACGUACGUGGGUGGUGAUGUUAAAAGUGUGGGGAAGCUAAGGGCAGCGAGCAGGGCUUUUCGGAGAGGUGGGAAGGGAUUUGGCCUAUGGGGUGGCUAGGAGAUCUAGGCACGUCUGGCCUAUAGGAUACUGACACGCGGGAGCUGACUGCUCAGGGCACGGUCAGAGGAGAGUCGAUGGACCGGCCUGGUAGGAGUGGUAGAUGGGAUAUAGGUAAACAGGGAGAGCAGUGACUUGAUUCCUGGUCUGAGAGAACCUUGGAGCCGGGCUGAGGAAUCCAGAAUUCCUGGCCGUGUCGAGCCAUUUAGGUUUCUUGAGUCAGGAGAAGACACGAAGAUGGGUUUUAGAAAGAGCGAAGUAACAGGGCGGCAUGAAGAGUUGAUGAUGAAGAGAUCAGACUUGACCCCAAGGUCAAGGCCCCCAUCGAGAGGAGGGAAGGAGAGGAGAUUGCGUCCUAUUUGAUCACCUUUGAGAAGCAUGACGAGUGGCUGUCCUGUGCCCCAAAGACAAGGCCUCAGAACGGCUCCAUUAUCCUCUACAACCGCAAGAAGGUGAAGUACCGGAAGGAUGGUUACCUCUGGAAGAAGCGCAAGGACGGGAAGACCACCCGCGAGGACCACAUGAAGCUGAAAGUCCAGGGCAUGGAGCCUGUCUCCUGGCAGUGUCUCUAUGGCUGCUACGUUCACUCUUCCAUCGUCCCCACAUUCCAUCGGCGCUGUUACUGGCUGCUCCAGAACCCUGACAUCGUGCUUGUGCACUACCUGAACGUCCCAGCUCUGGAGGACUGCGGAAAGGGCUGCAGCCCCAUGUUUUGCUCCAUCAGCGGCGACCGUCGCGAGUGGCUGAAGUGGCCCCGGGAGGAGCUGCUGGGGCAGCUGAAGCCCAUGUUUCACGGCAUCAAGUGGAGCUGUGGGAACGGCACAGAGGAGUUCUCCGUAGAGCAGCUGGUGCAGCAGAUCCUGGACAGCCACCCGACCAAGCCCGCACCCCGAACCCACGCCUGCCUCUGCAGUGGAGGCCUCGGUUCCGGGAGCCUCACCCACAAAUGCAGCAGCACGAAACACCGCAUCAUCUCUCCCAAAGUGGAGCCCCGAGCUUUAACCCUGACCUCUGUCUCCCACCCCCACCCCCCUGAGCCUCCUCCGCUGAUCGCCCCUCUUCCCCCAGAGCUCCCCAAGGCACAUACUUCCCCUUCUUCUUCCUCCUCCUCUUCCUCCUCUUCCUCAGGCUUUGCGGAACCCCUAGAGAUCAGACCUAGCCCACCCACCUCUCGAGGGGCGUCAUCCAGAGGAGGCACUGCAAUCCUCCUCCUGACGGGACUGGAGCAGCGCACUGGGGGCUUGACGCCCACCAGGCACUUGGCCCCCCAGGCUGACCCCAGGCCUUCCGUGAGCUUGGCCGUAGUUGUAGGUUCCGAGCCCCCUGCCCCACCAGCUCCUCCCAGCCCUGCUUUCGACCCCGAUCGUUUUCUCAACAGCCCCCAGAGGGGCCAGACAUACGGAGGGGGCCAGGGGGUGAGCCCGGACUUCCCCGAGGCAGAGGCCGCCCACACCCCCUGCCCUGCCCUAGAACCCGCUGCUGCCCUGGAGCCCCAGGCGGCUGCUCGGGGUCCCCCUCCACCGCCAGGAGCAGGUGGGAGAAGAGGAAACCGUUUCUUUAUUCAAGAUGACGGUAGCGGGGAGGAGCUCAAGGCCCAGGGGGCUGCCCCACCCGCACCUUCACCCCCUCCUUCGCCCCCACCUUCACCUGCCCCCUUGGAGCCAGCAGGCAGGGGAGGCAGAGGGGAGGCCUUGUUUGGAGGAGCUGCUGGGGCCAGCGAACUGGAGCCCUUCGGUCUCUCGUCAUUCCCUGACCUCAUGGGAGAGCUCAUCAGCGACGAGGCUCCAGGCGCCCCUGCCCCAGCCGCCCCGCUCUCUCCUGCUCUUAGCAGCAUCACGGACUUCUCCCCAGAGUGGUCCUACCCGGAGGGUGGGGUCAAGGUGCUCAUCACAGGUCCCUGGACUGAGGCCGCCGAGCAUUACUCCUGUGUCUUUGAUCACAUCGCGGUGCCAGGCUCACUCGUCCAGCCUGGCGUCUUGCGCUGCUACUGUCCUGCCCAUGAGGUGGGGCUGGUGUCUUUGCAGGUGGCGGGGCGGGAGGGGCCCCUUUCCACCUCUGUGCUCUUUGAGUAUCGAGCCCGCCGAUUCCUGUCACUGCCUAGUACUCAGCUUGACUGGUUGUCUCUGGACGACAACCAGUUCCGGAUGUCCAUCCUGGAGCGGCUGGAGCAGAUGGAGAAACGGAUGGCCGACCUGGCAGCAGCCGGGCAGGCUCCCUGCCGCAGUCCUGCCGUGCCUCCGAUUCAGGACGAAGGCCAGGGACCCGGGUUCGAGGCCCGUGUGGUGGUCUUGGUAGAGAGCAUGAUCCCUCGCUCCACCUGGAGGGGUCCUGAACGUCUGGCCCACGGAAGCCCCUUCCGGGGCAUGAGCCUCCUGCACCUGGCUGCCGCCCAGGGCUACGCCCGCCUCAUCGAGACCCUGAGCCAGUGGCGGAGCGUGGGGACAGGGAGCCUGGACUUAGAGCAAGAGGCUGACCCGCUCAACGUGGACCACUUCUCUUGCACCCCUCUGAUGUGGGCCUGUGCUCUGGGACACCUGGAAGCCGCCGUGCUCCUCUUCCGCUGGAACAGACAGGCGCUGAGCAUUCCCGACUCACUGGGCCGGCUGCCCCUGUCCGUGGCACAGUCCCGGGGCCACGUGCGCCUCGCCCGCUGCCUGGAAGAGCUGCAGAGACAGGAAGCUUCGCUGGAGCCCCCACUUGCCCUGUCGCCCCCCUCCUCCAGCCCAGACACUGGGCUGAGCGGGGUCUCGUCGCCCUCAGAGCUGUCGGAUGGCACAUUCUCUGUCACAUCAGCUUAUUCGAGCGCCCCGGACGGUAGUCCUCCCCCCGCUCCUCUGCCGGCCUCAGAGAUUCCGAUGGAAGAGACUGUUCCAGGCCAACUCUCCACUGGGGCCCCUGAGGCCCCCCUGUUCCUCAUGGACUGUGAAACCACCAACUCCCAAAGGCCAGCACCCUCACCGCCUCCUCUCCGACCAACCACCGAAGGGGGGACUGCUCCUGAGGAAGCAGACGGCCCACUGGCCGUGGACGUGAUCCCGGUGGACAUGAUCUCACUGGCCAAGCAGAUCAUUGACGCCACACCAGAGCGGAUUAAACGAGAGGACUUCACGGGGCUGCCCGAGGCUGGAGCACCAAUGAGGGAGCGGACAGGGGCCCUGGGGCUCAGCGAGACCAUGUCCUGGCUGGCCAGCUACCUGGAGAACGUGGACCAUUUCCCCAGCUCAGCCCCGCCCAGCGAACUGCCCUUCGAGCGUGGUCGCCUGGCCGUCCCUCCCGCCCCUUCCUGGGCAGAGUUUCUGUCCGCUUCUGCCAGCGGCAAGAUGGAGAGCGACUUCGCCCUGCUAACGCUGUCGGAUCACGAGCAGCGGGAGCUGUACGAGGCGGCUCGAGUCAUCCAGACGGCCUUCCGGAAGUACAAGGGCCGGAGGCUGAAGGAGCAGCAGGAGGUGGCGGCUGCAGUGAUCCAGCGCUGCUACCGGAAGUACAAGCAGUUUGCGCUGUACAAGAAGAUGACCCAGGCGGCCAUCCUGAUCCAGAGCAAGUUCCGGAGCUACUAUGAGCAGAAGCGGUUUCAGCAGAGCCGCCGGGCGGCCGUGCUCAUCCAGCAGCACUACCGCUCCUACCGCCGCCGGCCCGCAGGCAGCCUGCCCGCCCGCACCAGCAGGGGCUCCUUUCUCACCAAGAAGCAGGACCAGGCAGCCCGGAAGAUCAUGAGAUUCCUGCGGCGCUGCCGGCACAGGAUGAGGGAACUGAAGCAGAACCAGGAGCUGGAAGGGCUCCCCCAGCCCGGACUGGCCACCUGACCGCCGCGCCGCCUUCCUCACCGCCCCGGGGGCCGCUUCUGGCAGUCUUAACCGAGGCCGGGCCCUCGGCGGGAGGGGAGCCCCCGUCGGCCGCUGUCCCGCUAAGCGGCGGCCGGAACCCUCCCGGGGCCCCCGCCCUGCCCCGCUGGGGCGCGCCCCGUCUCUCGGCAUCCCCACCCCCACCCCCCCCCGGGCCCGCGCCCCACCUCCCCGCAUCUUCAGCCGCGACCUCCGGAGCCCCGCCUGCCCCUGCUCCACGUUUCCCCGCUGCCUGCACCCGCCCCGGCCCCCUCCCGACUUGCCUUAUUUAUUUGUUGGACGCGUCUCUGAAUGUAUCCGCCUCGGUCCCGCCCCCGCCGCGCGCCCCCGCCCGACUCCGCAUGCCGGCGCGCGUCCCCGUCCCGGGCCGCCCCGCCCCCGAGGGGAGGGGCCUGUACAUACUGUAACAUACAGAGCAGAGUGAAGAGUCUAUUUACGGCGCCGGGGGGAGGGCGGCGCGGCGGGGGCCCCCGGCCGGCUCCACGAGCACUUUCUACUUGUGCAUGGGCUUGGUUUCUACGAGUUACCAUUAAACAUCGCUGCACCAGCCA